UGAAACAAACACAACCCACACACCGUCGUCCCUUGUUACCCUGAUAAAUCCUUUAAGAGAGAAAGCUUAGGGUUUACCUUCUUUCUUCUCUUCUCCAAUCCAAUUCCAACCAGAAGUUCCAGUGGAGAAGAUGGCUGAUAAAGCCCAGAAGAACCAGAUGAAUUCUCUGGUUUGGGAUUGUGGAAGCUCUCUGUACGACUCGUUCGAGCUCAAAUCAUUUGAGAACCAGCUUCACUCCGCCAUCAUCACCUCAAGAUCCUUAUCCAUGCCUCACUCAUCAUCUCAUCCUCGCCCAUUCCAACCUCCGCCACGGGCUAAUAAGAGAUCCUCCUCCUCUUCUCCCUCUCCCUCUAAGAUUUCUCGAUCUCUUCAGAAGCUCAUCCGCUUGGUUUUCAGGUCCAAACCAACUUCAACUUCCUUGUUCAAAGUGGAAGAUGGACGAUCUCACUCAAAACAUGAGUUCUACGCGUUAUAUGACCGAUCUGGUUCAGUUUCAGGUGGGCUUUUCACAAUCCCAGAGGUUCCCGAGAUGGGUUUUGACUCGUUAUCAAGGAGAAGCGUCUCCCAACGGUUCACACCCUCCACUCCCCUCGGUGUUUCCUGUGCUUAGCAAAUCAGAUUAGGUAAACUAGAAUCUUCCGUUCAUAUUUACUAGGAUUGUACUAAUUAUAUUUGGGACUAGCAUCUUAAUUAGGAAUUAGCAAGAGGAUGGUUUGUUCUAAGUUUGUAAUAUUUGACAUCUUGAUUGUCAAUAUAUAUAAAUCUAAGUUUUAAAGUCUAUUAGAAAA